CUCGCGCCCGCGCUAAUCGGCGAAACACUUUACCGACGAGCUGGAUAUCCUGGUCUAGCCCUGCAGUCAUGAGACCCUUUUUUUCCUUGUCGUUUAUUUCUCCGUCGUGCGCCCGAAUGAACGAUUAAUCCUCGACACAGCCCAGAGCAUGACCCCGUUCGCCAAGAUGAACAUGUCGAGGGGGGAACAACCGAUUGGCAGGCAUGCGAACUUGCAGGAUUGAGUUGGACCCUUUCUGAUCCUGUGCAGGAUUACCGUCCGGGCUAUCACUAGCCGUGUUUCGAGCUAUGAAGCUGGUAUAAAAGGGAGUCGUUUCCUCGAUGGACAAGUUUCCAAGCACCGAAGCAAGCCUUGUAUCAUUCGGAAAAGAUCCUUGAAAUCAUCUUGAACAUCAUCACAAUGCCUCAAAUCUUCAACCAUCUCGCCAUCGCAGCUCUGGCAGCUUGCGCCGUGGCCACUCCCGUUGCCGAGCCUGCCAUCACGGCUACUCCCAGCCUUGAGAAGCGUGCCAGCUGUACCUUUUCAGGCUCAAAUGGUGCUGCUUCUGCCAGCGCUUCGCAGAAGUCCUGCGCUACUAUUGUCCUCUCCAAUGUGGCCGUUCCCUCGGGAGUCACAUUGGAUCUCAGCAACUUGAACCAAGGAACUCACGUCGUCUUCGAAGGCACCACUACUUGGGGCUACAAGGAGUGGGAGGGCCCUCUGCUGCAGAUUCAGGGCAAGGAUAUCACCGUCACCGGUGCCAGCGGUGCCAAGCUCAAUGGCGACGGUGCCCGCUGGUGGGACGGCAGAGGUGACCAAGGCAAGAUCAAGCCCAAGUUCUUCGCCGCUCACAGCUUGACUGGCACGUCCAGUAUCAACAACCUCUACAUCCAGAACACCCCCGUACAGGCCGUUAGCAUCAACGGCUGCAAUGGAUUGACCAUCACUGACAUGACCAUUGACAACAAGGCCGGUGACAGCGCUGGCGGUCACAACACCGAUGGCUUCGAUAUCGGCUCUAGCAGCAACGUUGUUAUCCAAGGUGCUACUGUGUACAACCAGGACGAUUGUGUUGCCAUCAACUCUGGAACUGGCAUCACCUUCAGCGGCGGUUUCUGCUCUGGUGGUCACGGUUUGUCCAUUGGCAGCGUGGGUGGUCGCAACGAUAACACUGUGGAUAAUGUUACCUUCAAGGACUCUACAGUCACCAAGUCUGACAACGGUAUCCGUGUCAAGGGUACCGCGGGCACUACCGGCACCAUUAAGGGCGUUACCUACUCUGGUAUUACCCUUUCCUCCAUUGCCAAGUACGGUAUCCUGAUUGAGCAGAACUACAACGGCGGUGACCUGAAGGGUGACCCUACUAGCCGUGUUCCUAUCACUGGCCUCACCAUUUCCGGCAUUUCCGGCACUGGCGCCGUCGCUUCUAGCGGUAACAACAUUGCUAUUGUAUGUGGCACCGGCGCUUGCUCCAACUGGACCUGGAGUAACGUCAAGGUCACCGGUGGUAAGACAUACGGCGGCUGCAAGAACGUUCCCGGCGUUGCUAGCUGCUAAAUGAUUUCAUUCUCCAUAUCAUUGGAGUUAGUAUGUCGCAGGCAGCAGGAAAGAUGGGAUGUUGUUGAUCUUUGAUCUUUGAUGCCUUGUACCAUCAUUCAGAUUUCUAUUCUUCUGUCACCUAUUUCGAGACUGUAUUUAGUCAAUCAAAGGGCGGGCUUUGUCCUUUUUUGCCAACUAUUUGAAUAGUCGUAUAACGAAAUCCGUACUUCCAGUGCCAACCACACAUCGCAACCCUAUUGAAGCACAGCUUCCCUCAUUGGCCUCCGGAUUGGUCGAUUCUGGGGCCCAUCGAAUACAACUGACAAAUCGCCCGUGCGCCUUGUCUAUAGUCUUGACCAACCUCCCAUUUUGUAAUAGAUCCCAGCAGCGGACAGUACAAUCAUCGCCCACACUAAGCAAAUACCGUCCUCCAGGGUGAAACGUCAAAUCCCGAACCCAGCUGUCAUGACCAAUCAAGGUUUUAAUCAACCUCCCUCUCACAUCCCACAGUUUGAGAGUACCGUCUCUUCCAGCAGUGACCACAAAUUCUGCAUGGCUUUCAACGGACGGAACAACUUUAAAUCCACCUAGUGCAGCCAAGUAUCGAUAGCUCGCAGGAGGGGCAAAAACACAACAUUCGAUGUGAUUAUCAUGACCGCGUAGAAAUGAUUUAGCUUCACCGGACGCAACAUCCCAGAUUGUUGCGACUUGUUCGCGGCCACCUGUGACUAGCCACCUUCCAUCAAUCGAGGGAGAAAGGCUACAUAUCCAAUCGCCAUGCGAGUAUAUCGUCCUGAUGCAGUAACCCGUGGCUACAUCCCAUAUGCGAAUCGAUGCGUCUCGACUAGCUGAAACGAGACGAUUUUCACCUGAUCGCAGAAACCGUACAGCUGUGACGCAACGGUCAUGACCAGAAAGGGUACGAACGUGAGCAUAGUUGUUGUUUGGAUCCCAGAUUUUGAUCGUGAGAUCAUCCGAGCUUGAUGCGAGGAGUACGUUGCCCUUCUGGCCACCGAAGUCAAGGUCUGUCACGCUUUGGGAAUGUCCCUUAAUUGUUCUCUCGAGUUCGCCAACCUCACACUCCCAGAUUUUGAUGGUGUGGUCCUCCGAUCCAGAUGCUAAGAAAGAGUAUACCGGAUGGAAAGCAAUGCAUGUGAUGGCCCCUCUAUGGGACUCCAAUGUAUAGGUUGGGUCACUGGGAAGCC